AUGCUCAAGGAUUGGGUGGAGAGUCAUCCCCUUGCAGAAGGUUUCUCGUUUGUAGACUUCUUUGGAGUUUCAGAACCUGCUGUCAAGCCAUCACCGAAUAAGAAAUAUUACAUAGAAGGCUACGCUGCAAAAUUAAUUCGGGCUACUCUCUCAAAUUCUGGUUAUUCUGAGACAAAAAAGCUUUCAGAAUCAAAUUUAAUAGUUGGUAGCUCCAUCUCCACAUCAGAUUACGGCAAAGUCAAGCCUCAUCAGAGAAUGAACCAUUUUGUUUAUACAUUUUCUCUCGGUUCUAAAGAUGGCUAUCAUGAUGUCAUCACUGCUUUAGCAAAGAGAGUUGGACAUCCAUUUUCUUUUUAUCCAGAAACAUACCAUUUGCCUAAAGACAGAAGCGCACUGUCAAAAUCAUUCGCAAAUCACAAGCUUUGGAUCGAAAAACCAGCAGGAGGUUCAAGAGGUAACGGAAUACACGUUGUAGACUCAAUUAAAUCCUUACCUUCCGGUGAUAUUGUUGUCCAACAAUACGUCGAUAACCCUAUGCUCAUCAAUGGACUCAAAUUCGAUUUACGUUUCUAUGUUGGAGUUACUUCUCUUGAUCCCCUUACCGUUUUCCUCUUUGACAAUGGACUUGUUCGCUUGGCCACAUCAAAAUAUGAGGAAAACUUCGACGAUCUCUCAAAUCUAGGCGCACACUUAACGAAUUUCAGUAUCAACAAAAACUAUGACGGAUACGUAAUGACAAAUGACGUCUCAAAAGAUGGAACAGGAAAUAAAUGGUCGCACAGACCAUUUUGGCCAUGGCUCACAAAGAAUGGCUAUGAUGCCGACAAGAUUCACACCAAAAUAGAGGAUGCAAUUACAACAGUAGUCAUUUCUGCAACAAGAUCUCUCAGAAAACAGAGGAACCACUUUACAUCCUUUGAAAUUUUCGGUUUUGACGUGAUGUUGGAUACUGACCAAAAUGUCUAUAUCUUAGAAGUCAACGUCAGUCCAGCAAUGGGAACGAGUUCAGAACUCGACAAAGUCAUCAAGGAACCUGUUGUCAAAGACUCCUUCAACAUGGCUUUGAUUCCAUCAGAUCCAGAUGUUGCAUCUAAACUUGCUCAAGCACCACCGAACACGCCAGCAUCAGAUUAUAUUGCCCUGUAUAAUUAUGAGUCUUCUAUCUCAAGAUGUGGCGCAUUUAAGCCAAUUUUCCCAGUUCCUGAAAGAGUUUCAUUCGAAAAGAUGCUUGACCCUCCAACAAGGAAGGAUCAACUCCUUGCAGAGUAUGUUGCUUUGGCUCCUGAUGAUAGAAAGAAGAUGCUGGAAUCAAUGAAAGUUGAAUUUGACAAAUGGUAUCAAAAUCUCAAAUAA